UCCUUCAUUUUCUCUGACUCCAGGCUCUGAGCACACGACCCAUGAGGUAAUGGCAUAACCGUCUACUUGUAUAAAAGCAAGGGUUUAUGCGUCGUUUCACAUAGAGCGGAGAGCCAGAGUCACGCACCACGCGAGUCCUUGCCGUGCCGGAUCCAUCGCAGAGAAUCAAAUCAGUUAAAUGAUCACCAUCAUUUUAUUCAAUUAGUCGUCGAGACUCGCCAACUCCAUCGGGUUCCUUCGUGACCAAGGCACCUUUUUCUGGUCGAAGAUUUCAGGGCGGCUCUCGUUGAGAACGAUUAACCAAACUAAUCACAUCAGUGAAGGGACAUCAACAUUUUUUUGUUGUCUGCAGCAGCAGACUGAUCGAUAGAGAUUGUCAGUACAGUGAACUCUGCCCGUACUCUCGUAAUGCCGCGUGGCUUCCAUCUGCGAUAAAAGUCGUAGAUGCUGGGGCCGGAUUUUUGUUUCGGUUGCUCGGCUUUGAACUCCUUCGCAUGAUAGGACGUUCUAGUUGAAGAAACAAUCGAACGGCCAUUAACUGGGAGAAGUUCAAGUUAAACGAAUCGUGGCCGUGGAGAGGUGGCACAAUGACAGGUAUUGUCCGAUGUGGAUGCCACGUGGAGAUGCUACGUCGAAUGUUUGGCACGAGAUCCGACGGCUGCGGAAUGGUGUUGAUCAUGAACCGUUGAUGACAGUUUGUGUAUAAAUGCUAAGGGACUGUUUUUGGCGCAUUUAAUGGGCGCGUAAAGCUUCGGACUUUUCGUCUUUUUUUUGGAAGUUCAGAGAGACAGAGAGAGAAGCUAUCCAGAGCUAAGAAGAAAACCUUCAGUACAUGUAUAGGCAUAACAAUCUGCCAUUGUUAUAUUUUCAGCUGAAAAGGAGUGUUUUCAAGUUUUCAAUUAAGAUAUUGUUCAAUUUCAAAUAAUGUACUGAGAAGAGUUGGUAAUGCCGUAAUGGUUGGAUCUGUGUGGAGUAGAGUGAUAGUGGGUUCUGGGAGAUUCAUUCGUUAAUUGGGUUCAAUUCAUCUGAAUCUGGGAAAGUUGAGAUUUAGUUUGAUUGGGUGAAGCCAUAGCUUUUCUUAUGGUUUCUUUCCUUUUCUGUGGUUUUUGUCAGUAAUUUGGGAUGUGAGACUGGUUUCCCUUCUUUUCUCUUCUUUCCCUGCUCUUUUGAUUUUCUUUUUUGGGUGCGAGUUUCUCUCACUCAGUCACUGACUAUAUACCUGCUUUAUUCACGAAGAACCUGAUUCUCUCUGAACACGAGAAACGAAAUAACUUUUUCGCUUUCUUUUUUCUCAAAAUCUCUUUUGCGUCCUUUUUGUCUCUCUCUCCCUCUACUCUUCUGUUCUAUUCAGUGUCCAGUCUUCGCCGUCUCGCACCGAAGAGGGAUAUCCGGCAACUAAAUUGAUUCUCUCUCUCUUUCUGGAACCCGAACGCCACUUUCUCGCUUCUUCAUCGGCUAACAUUUAGCAAUCGGUCACUAAACCAAACGACUCCUCUCCCUCUCUCUCUUGUCUACCCUGUUUGCCAUUUUUGUUUCAUCACUCAAUUGUGAAAUCCAGAAGAGCUCAAACCCAUUUUCUUUCUGUCUUGAAGCUGAAUUUGAAGAUAAAUACGGACAAGUGAAGGUAAAAUAUCUUUUGUGUUUGGGUUGUUGUUGAGGUGUUCGUCUCAGGUGGGGCUGUUUGGACCGAUCCGAAGCCAUUGAAGCCGUUUUUAAAGAGCAGAUGCUGUUAGUGUUGUCGUCGUUAUUGCUGAUAUUAUCGUGACGACUUGACGGAAAUGGACAAGGAACGGGACGCGAGGAGUGGAGCGAGUCGGUUCUCUAAACAAUCUGGACACAAGCUAUCUUCCGGAUUGAAUGGUGUUGGCGUUGGUGGUGAAUUUGGGUCUUUGGAGAAAUCGAAGAAAAAGAGAGUUAAAAGAUUGAGCGCGGUUCGUAAAAAUAGCCGGAGCUACGAAGAGAUGGGUUGCUGCGAUGUCUCUGUUGGAGAAGAUGAGCAUCAUCCUGCUGUGACUAAUUUCUUUGAUGAUGGCAAUGGCGUUCGUAAUUCCCCUGUUCCGAGGAAGCUGCGAUCAGCCAUGAAGAAGCGCAACCGAGAAUCUGUAUCACCACCUUUACCUGAUUCAAAGAAGCUGAAUCAAGCAAUUAGGGAAGCUGAGUUACGCAAAAAGGACGGUGCAAAAAAGCCCAGACUAAAUAUGAAAGACACAGACUGGUCCCACAAGCAAGCUGGCUCCGGGCCAAUCACUAAAGAUGAGGAAGAAGUUGUGGAGACCCUGUAUUCUUUGGCUGGGAUGUUCCAUGACAAUGACACUACGUAUCAGGAUAAAGUAGAUUGUCAAGAAGAAAAUCCUCCAGCUUCUUCCGCUUUGUUGGAGGCAGGGGAAGGUCCAACAUCGGCUAAAGAAGAUUCUGUGAAAGACUUGAGUUGCCCCUCCGAAACUGCUGAACCUAUCGAUCCCUCACCCAAUGUUCAAAACUUUGCUGAAGAAACUGUUGAAGUGGAUUCUUCGAACCAACCUGUUGGUCAAGAACAAUCUAAUUUACCCAACUGCAAAAAAAUAAGUGUGAAUUUAGAUAGUGUGGUUCCUCAGCUAAAUUCACCGGUCAUUCCCUUGUUGCUAAAGAAUGGCAGUGAGAAGACACCGUGCAAUGCUAUUGACUUAUGUAUUCCACCAGAGCAAAAUCAAGAGACUGGCAUGCUAAAGGAGUCCAGUAAUGAGGAAAGCUCUCCUCUUCAACAGAAACCAGAGGCUGCAUUGGGACUAACUAUGGCAAGCAGAGAUCAAAUGAAUCACCAACAAAUGAGGAACAAGGAGCCCAAGAAAAUUUCAUUGUGGCCAGGCUUGUCUUCAGCAUUGCCAAAUGGUGCCCAGGGUCAUGGUCCUCCUCGGUCCUCAAAUGUUAUAGUUCCUGUUUGGUUGGAUAGUUCUGUAUCUGUUUCUGGACAAAAUUCAUUUGAGAAUGGUUCUUCAAGUGGAAAGAUUUCUCAGGUGAAGAAUGGUAAAAUUUCUUGGAAAAGGUGUGCGGCUCAUGUUUAUAUCAGUCAUCAAAUUCGAGCUCUAAAGAUGCCGGAUGGUGGAAAUAGAGUGCAGUUGUAUCACAACCAUUCGAGACAACAAGAGAUACCCAACCAAGGAGUACUUGCGGGAGAGAAAAAUCUCAAUGGGAUUAGAAGCGGCUUAGAUGGAGUUUCUUCUGCUAUCAGCUCUAGUAAUUGUUCUGAUAAAAAAUUAAGUGAAGUUAAUAGUGAUAUUUAUUCGCACGGAAGGCUACAUCAAAAUCAGCCUCAGGCUUCUGUGGCAUCCAGAGAAUACCCGUCACCAAAGCAGGGCUUGGAUCUCUUGUCUCUGUCUGCUGGGAGUCUUGGCAUUGAAACUAAUAGCAGUCUUAGCAGAACUGUAAAUGGGCCGGAACAAUCUUCGCAGCUGCAAGUUCCCCAUCUUCAAUUAUGUGCCCUACAUCCAAUGCUCAUGUUUUUGUCUCUCCCCCAAAUGCAUUGCACCUCCACUUACCCUGAUCAGCCUACUGCAGCAACACAGCAGGCUCAGCUGCAGUUGCACCAUCCAUAUCUUGGCAAACCAUUUUAUGGUCCUAAUAAAAGCACCACAUUGUCGACGAAGCCACAGCAGCAGCAGCAGUUGCAGUACCAACAACAACGGUUUUGGACAGCUCAGCUGGCUUCGCAAUUCUCGCCUGCUGGAACUUCCACUUCCAUGGCACCAUUUCCCAGCUGGCACAAAGGGAGGCAAGACUCUACUGCCAUGAUCCCAUGUUCGCAGCCCGCAAUCCCUUCUUCUUCAUCGUCUUUAGAAUUACUUGGCCCCAGGUACUCUCAAAUUUCUCAGCUGCAGCAGCAGAUCCCACGUUCCCAGCUUGCUAUUCGUCCUUCGCCAUCUUCUUUAGAAAUACCUGGCCCCAAGUACCCUCAAAUUUCUCUACAACAGCAGCAGCAGCAUCUUAUGGCCAUCAGUUCAUCAUUGCCUCCUGCUGGGGUGAAAAGGCAAGAUCACCACCUAUGUGGUGUUUAUGAAGAAACUGGCGGUGGUUUCUGUGCGAGCGGGUCACUUCCAUUGCAAUUAUUCUGCAAUGAGCGCCGCUGAAAUUCGACAGGCGCAAUGUAGUUGAUGAGAUUUGAAUAUAUUAAUAACAUUGUUUUAUCCUUUUCUGUUGUUGAUACUUUUGCACUUGGUGCUUGAUUUUGGUAUGAUCCUAAAGAGAAUAUUUGUGAAAGAUGCUUCUUGGGAUGAAGACAGCAUAGAAGGGAAGCAGACACAGAUGCUGAGUU